AUGGCUCCAGUAACCGACUUCGUUGUCAAAGAUACAUAUAAGUAUCUGGAGGGAUUUGGGAGUUACCAUCAGUCAGAGGCCCUGCCGGGCGCGAACCCUCUCGUGAACAACACUCCGCAGAAGCCGCCCUUUGGCCUGAGGACAGAGCGGAUAAGCGGGACUUCCUUCACUGCUCCGCGGGACCACAGCCUACAAACUUUCAUGUAUCGUGUGACCUCGUCGCUCAAGCACGAUGAGUUCGUCCCUUACAAGGGCGAGGGUAUACCCAAGAAACCCAGCAACAUCUCGCCCAACUCCUAUAUGUGGCCGGCGGUUCCGACCGAUCCGGAUGCGGACUGGAUCUCCCAGAAGCUGCUCGCGCAGAACGGAGACCCGGCGGCCAAGACCGGCCUGGCUAUAUGGGUCUUCUCCGUUGCGAAGUCCAUGCCACCAAACACGGUCUUCUCUUCCCUCGACGGCGAUGCGCUCAUCAUCCCCCAGUCCGGGGCGCUCGACAUCCAGACGGAGCUGGGAAAGCUCCUAGUCCGCCAGAAUGAAAUAUGUGUGAUUCCCCGUGGGAUCCGUUACCGCGUGACUCUGCCCGCGGGCCCGGCGCGCGGCUACAUCUGUGAGCUCUUCCAAGGCCACUUCCGCCUUCCUGAACUCGGCCCCGUGGGGUCCACGGGCCUUGCCAACGUCCGAGACUUCCAGAUCCCGACGGCACAUUUCGACGGCGUGCUGAAGGGCGAUGUGGCCAUCGCUCAUGAUGCGACUUACACCGUGGUUUCUCGUCAGGUCGGCCGCCUUUGGGAGGCAAAGCAGGACCACACGGUCUUCGACGUGGCGGCAUGGCACGGGACGAACUACCCCUACAAGUUCGACCUCGGCCGCUUUUGCCCGAUGGGAAACAUCCUCUUUGACGAGCACGACCCGAGCCUGUACACGGCGCUCUCGGCCCCUUCGUACCGGGAGCCCGGGGUCAACGUCGUGGACUUUGCCAUCAUCCCUCCGCGAUAUAUGGUCGCGGAGAAGACGUUGUGGCUGCCCUACUUCCACCGCAACACCAUGAACGAGUUCUAUGCGCCCAUAGUCACCGCACAGCACCCCAAGCACCCGCUCAACGGAGGCCAGCAGUUCAAGCCCUUCGUCGCCGGCCUGCACGGGAGCAUGACCACGCACGGCGCGACCGAGGAGGACUUCCAGGCCGCGAGCAACGCAUCUACGACACCUACCAAGGUGCAGACGGACGGGCUGACGUUCAUGCUGCUGGAGACGGAGAUGCCGCUGUACUUGAGCGACUGGGCGGCAGAAGCGUGCUUGAAGAAAGCUGAUGCAAAGCCGAGGGGUGCGGCCAAGAUUUGA